AUGGAGAAUAGAAUUCCAACCUCCAUAUUCACUAACCAAGACCAAGCUAUGGCUACUGCAAUUGAGCAGGUAUUGCCAGACAUAAGGCAUAGGCUAUGCAUAUGGCACUUAGAACAAAAUGAAAUAACACGAUUUGGAGCCCUUAAAAGGGAUAAUGAGGUGUACAAUCUAAAGGAAAAGUGUUGUCCAGCAUUUAGUAAAGAAUUCUUCUCGGCAGGAAUUCUUUCAUCACAAAGAAGUGAAAGUACGAACCAUGUAGUAGGAUUCAGAGCUAAUAAAUCAACAACACUGACAAAAUUCUAUAGAAUCUUUGUAAGAACCAUAAAAAGAUGGAGAAGUGAUGAGAAGUAUAAUGAGUUUACCUGUAGCAAAUCAAUAGCCUUUACUUCAUUGCCACUAUCCAGAAUGCUAAAGCAUGCUGCUCAGGUUUACACAUUGUCUCUAUUUAGAGACUUUGAAGAGGAAUUUGGCUACUCAAUGGCGACCACAGUACAAAUUCUAGGGAGAACUGAAGAAAACAUUAUUCUUUAUGAAGUAUCGCUAGAAGAAAAGCCAUGGUCUUCCCAACAGGUAAGUUACAUACAUGAGAGCCAAACUAUAUGGUGCACUUGCAAGAAUUUCGAAGCUUCUGGUUGGCUAUGCUGUCACUGCCUCAGAAUUUUACAUCUACAUUCUAUUACAAGAAUUCCAGAGAAGUACAUUAGCAAAAGAUGGACAAAGCUUGCAAAAACUGAAGUAUGGAAUAGAAUGGAAAAUAAGAAUCCAAAACUCCCAUAUACACCAUGGAGACAUACAAUGAUGAGAAAAUAUUAUAACUUAAUCUUAAAGAGUCAAGAAAAUGAAAAGGCAAGAGCAUUCAUGGAGGAAAACUUCAAAAACUGUAUGAAGAUGGUGGAAGACUUACUUGCGGCCGAAGCUUUUACAGAGGAGGUUGCUGCAAGUGAUGACAAUUCUAAUGUGGCAGAGAGUGCUCAGAGUACCAAUAAUACUGCUUCUUCAUCAACAAGUACAACCAUACCCACUAUAUUAGACCCUAAGAGAGCUGUAACAAAGGGAAGAAGCAAGAGAGCAAAAGGAGCACUUGAAAAAGGGAAGAAAUCAAAGAAAAAAGCAUUACUAGAUCCAAAUUCAGAGUUUGGAUCGAAGACACCUACUGUGCGACUUUUUUGA